UGUCCUGUGACCGGAAGUGACGCAAUGAUUAAAAACAUGCAGCGCUUUCUGAAAGAAAUAAGUGGAAAGGUCUCAUUAUGUUUAUUUUAAAUAAUAAAUAAGCUAACGUUAUUUACGCAACUACCAGAGCAAGCCGGACAUAUCUGGACAGCAUUUAACAGAGGGAAGUUAAUUUAGCUAGUGAUGGCAGCCUCGUUACCUCAGAAGCCAGGGAUGACAGGGAUGCCCUCUCAGCAGCAGCCCCACCUGCCCCCCAGUGCUGCCUCUGCUGCAGGUCAGCAGCCCAUGCCCCAUCAGGGGGCCCUGAGGGAGAUCUCCCCUGUUUUCCUCUGUCGGAUUGGACAGGAGACAGUCCAGGACAUUGUCACUCGCACCAUGGAGAUCUUCCAGAUCACACGAGCUACGCAGCUUCCUAAUGGCGUGACCCAGAGCCAGGCGAUGUACCAGGACCGCUUUGGGAAGCUCCAGGAACACCUACGGCAGCUCGCCCUGCUGUUCCGAAAGCUGCGGCUCCUGUACGAACGCUGUGUGGAGAUGACCUCUGACCUGCAGGAGGGGCCAUCAGAGCUUCUGCCAUAUGUUGGAGAGGAGCUGGUUUCUGUCAAAGUGGAGCCCUGCAGUUCUGCUGUCAACCAGGAGAGAAAAGAGGUUCUAGAGAAGGUACGCCAGAAGAACCAGGAGAUGAAGGUUCUGAUGGAUCAGAUGAGGAACCUGCUGUGGGACGUCAACGCCAUGCUGACGCUCAGGAAAUGACAGUUCCACCAGAUCCUCUCUCUUUUUAAGAGAUACAUUCCUCCACAGACGUAUGGACUGCCUAAUGGCAAAGACCAGGUGAAAUAAGGGAAUUUCUGUUGGAUUUGGAUUAUGGGACCUUUCACUUUGUGUGUUUUUUGUGUUGACACUUCAUCACUGAAACUCACAAGUCACAGAAGAGCUUCUGCUGUUUAGUAUGUAUCAUAUUGAAGUUGUUGAGGGGGAAACUAUUAUUUAGAUAGGGUCAUACUUAAUGAAAGCUUAAAAAAGGGUAACCUGAUACACUCCAAGGAAUCAUUCUCUUUUUGUACGUGGCAGCUGACAGCCUAGUUUAUGUUUGCCAAGUGCUCUACAACUUUGUCAAUGUGUUUAUUCAAAUAAGUUAUGGAUUCCUGUUUUAAGAUAAGAUUGAAUAAGACUGGAAACCUGUAUUGCCUCAGCUAAAACAAAAAAAAAGGUGUAUUGAUGGUGUUUAGCCUCUGGGUGCUGACUCGACACCAGACAGACUUGUAUUCAUUGCAGGUAAUUCUUCCAGUAAGCACAGAAGCUGAUCUGAUGACUGUGUUUACCACAGGAACAUUUGCCCUUAUUAUGCUUUGUCAGUUGUAAAAACACUGAGUUCAGAAUUCAAAUCAGCCCCUUGGCAGCUAUGUAUCUCAGGUGCUUUGUACAUAGGUGUGUGUGUUUGUGCAUGUGCUUAAUGAGAUUAGCUUCUUGAGUGCUAGACAGCACACCUGUUUACCCUGAGGGGGUUGAGAAUAGCUUGUCUGUGAAUUUAUUUUUGUAAACUGUGGGACAAAAGGUUGGCCUACUCGGUCAUUUCAGUUUUCUAUAAAAUAAACUUUUUUUUAAACAAAAUUUCUAAA